AUGGCUCGCUGGAUCGCUAACGCUGGCCCCGCAGGCGUACCACUCACUCUGCAAACGAUCCGCGACCACGUGGCGAUUAUGGCGCGCAACAUGGGCAUUCCGCCCGUGUUUCGAUGCUCCAUUGGCUGGGUGCGCCGUGCGUUGCGGCGCCAGGGAGUGCGGUGCCGUGCCGCCACCGGCGAGGCGGCGAGCGCCGACAUGGCUGCUGUGCGUGAAGCGCGUGAGAAGGUGCCGGCGCUUCUUACUCACCUCGGCUACCAGCCGCGCGACACCUUCAAUCUUGACGAGACAGCUCUGUGGCUCUCUGUGCUGCCCCGAAAAACAUACAGCAACGCCCGCAUUCCGGGGCGCAAGGUCGCGAAGGAGCGGCUGACCGUCGCGUUUCUCGUCAACGCCGACGGCAGCCAUGUUUUCCGGCCGCUCGUCAUCAGCAAGGCGCGCCGUCCUCAUGACUUCCGGCCGGACUACGACCCCGAAGCCGUCUGCUACUGGCGGCAUAACGCCAAGGGCUGGAUAACCAGUGCGCCGACCCCCCUGGCGUACCCCGACAUUGAGCUCGACGACGACAUCGACGACGUCGGCGAGCUCAUUGGCGGACUCGGCCUCGGCACCGGCGCAAUGACCGCCGCCGAGUACGUCGCCAUCGACGAGGGCGAGCCGACGUGCGCGGAGGCGACAGCGGAUGAUGCGGACGUGGGCCUAGUGGCGGAGCUAUGGAGGGCGCCUACCACGAUGCAGGCCGUGUAUGACGAAUCCGACCCAAUCGGCCGUGAAGCGCGGCGCACGGCACGGGCGGCCAGCGAGAUGCUCAUCGGCUACGCUCGCGCCGUGAGCGUGACGCCGCGCGACCUUUGCCACCUGUUCGACAUUCGUAAUCCGAUCAUUAGGGAGCGUUUGGAGCGGGCAAGCCCCGCGCUCAAUCUCAACACGGCCCCGCCGCCGCGGCUUUCGCCGACCGUAACUCCGCCGCCUGACACCCCGCGUCCGAGGGGCCGAGUGCUGCCUGGCUGGAUGACCCAGCCGUCCCGCCGUCAGCAGCUUCUGGACGCCGGGGUUGGCGCCGCGAUGGGCGGGUACGUGGAGGCGGCAGAGUGGAUGCAUGUGUGA